GGGAGCACAUUAUAAUUUUCUUGAAAAUACGAAUUCAAUGUGAAAUUGAGAGUGGGUGAUUUUCAAGGUAUGGUAGCACUUCCCUAACCACGCACGGCUGAAAACUGAACCAAACGGGCAUUAAUUUUCUGGGGUUUUAUAUAGGCGCAGCUGAAGAGCCUUUCAAUUUCUAUUAAAAAAAGGCCCUUCGAUUCGUCCAAUUUUUUAUCUGAGGAUCCCAGCAGAUGUCACUGCACAACAUGCAGGCAAUAGUCAUUCACAAGCUUUCAUAUUAAUCAAUGGCAAAAACAAUGCAGGGCACCCAUUCUAUCUCUGAUACUGAGAACUCAAACGACAACCACAAGCGCGAGGGCGAUUUCGAGGAAUCAGAGUUGGGAUUAAAGAAGCAGAGAACAGAAGAAAAUGCAUUGGAGGAGAAAGCGAUAAAGAUAGAUUCAGAUAUGGAUGAAGUGAGUGAAGAAGAAACCAACCAAAAAGUUUGUAUGAAAGAAGCGAAGCAGAGUAUGGAGGUGAAGAAGGGAUUCAACAUCGAAGCUGACGCUGCAGAAGAUAAAGGUUCCAGGCAUUCCAUGGAGGAUGCUUGGGUAUUGCUUCCGGAGGCGAGCUUGGAUUCUCCAGGCACAUUGAGGUGUGCUCAUUUUGCAGUCUAUGAUGGGCAUGGAGGGCGGUUCGCUGCUGAGUAUGCUAAGAAGCAUUUACACAGAAAUGUUCUUUCAGCUGGCUUACCACGUGAGUUGUUGGAUGUGAAAGCUGCGAAAAAGGCCAUACUUGAUGGUUUUCGAAAGACCGAUGAAUCUCUCCUUCAUGAAAGUGCUUCAGGGGGAUGGCAGGAUGGUGCUACAGCUGUAUGUGUUUGGGUAUUGGGGCAAACUGUUUUUAUUGCUAACAUUGGGGAUGCUAAAGCAAUUUUAGCUCGAUCAUCUGAAGCUGGUGGAUCACUAAAUCAUACUGAUGGUGGGAAUCUGUUGAAGGCCAUUGUCUUGACUAGGGAACAUAAAGCCAUAUAUCCAAAGGAGCGUGCACGCAUACAGAAGGCUGGCGGAAUAAUAAGUUCAAAUGGACGAUUACAGGGUCGCCUUGAAGUUUCCAGGGCCUUUGGGGAUCGCCAGUUCAAGAAGGUGGGCGUUGUUGCAACUCCAGAUAUUCAUUCUUUUGACCUGACAGACAGAGAACACUUCAUCAUUCUUGGUUGUGAUGGUUUAUGGGGGGUAUUUGGGCCAAGUGAUGCUGUUGAAUUUGUUCAGAGAUUAUUGAAGCAGGAGGGCUUAACUGUUACAGCUGUGAGUCGCCGUCUCAUAAGGGAAGCUGUAAUUGAGCGGCGUUGCAAAGACAAUUGCACUGCUAUAGUGAUUGCUUUCAGGCACUAGUAGCUCCAAGGUCACUCGUUUUGUCAUCCAAGAAAUAGCCUUUCAGCUUCUCAUCACUUGAAAAGAGGUUUUCAAUUUUUGUUUGGUUGUAGGAACUCCCCACAUGGUUAUGGCUUUAUCUAUGCCUAGUUGAUUGAGCAUAAUGGCUUGGUCUAUUGCUGUGUAGCUAAGAAUCUAAGCCUAGCUGCUCAUACGUGGAAGAGUAACUGAACUUCUUGCAUUUUGUUUGUGGAUGCAGGGGUUUGUAGAAAUUGUUAACUUAUGAAUUAUACAUCAAUGUAAUCUAGCAACUUCAAUUUA